AUGCAUCGACUUUUUGCUGAGCUGGAGCCAUCUGUAACCGUCACCGAGCAAAACCUGGCAGACCGAGUUCGGUAUAUCUUGCGCUCAAAUACAUUUGAUGUCACCGAACUCGAACGGCUACGACGUGAGGCUGUUCCUUCAUCGGGUGAAAAUGCUGCGGCUGAGGAUGCGGCGCCACAACUUGCCGAGCAAACGGCAAAUGUGGAUGCCGCCGUGAAUACGCCAGUUGUGAUUGAUUCAAACGAUGAUGGAACAGUCGCCCAGGAACUGGAACUAGAGCAAAUGAGGAGUACAUUGGAAGAGGCGAUUGUGGAAACGCGCAGUACGACUCUCGAAAAUCGACCGCGACUUCCCCGCUUAGCCCUAAGCAAGCGGAAUCGGGCUGUCGUGAGGGCUCUAAACCCAAUGCUGGGUACCUAUUUGGAAGCCAGCCGGGACCUUUGCGAGACGGACUCAAUUCUUUUUGGCGCCGCACUGGCAGUCUGCCGUAUUAUAGGUGCCAAACUUUCCACGGCUGGACGCGCUACUGGACAAAGUAGUGCUAUCCCAGCCUGGAGAAUAAGAAUUGAAGAACGUAUCGCAAAGGCUAGAGCCCUCAUCGGCAGACUGAUAUGCUUCAGGUCAGGCAAUACCAGGCCAAGGAUUGUGCGCACCGUCAGGAUGGCGUUUGCUGGGACAAAUGUUAGUUUGACCCAGCCGGAUAUAAUGCAAAAACUGACGGAGCGCAUAGACGACCUGAAGCAAAGAAUAGCUGCUUGGGGAAAGCGGAUUCGGCGAUAUACCGUGAGGUCGACACGGUUCAACCAGAAUCGUCUCUUCCAGAGUGAUCAGAAGAGGCUCUAUAAAUCAUUGGAGCGACCAAUAGUAAGUGGAACGGGCCCUGCACCAAAUCAGGCCGACAUGGUCGCAUUCUGGCGCAGCCUGUGGUCAGAGCCCGUAAACCACAAAAGAGCCCUUGGACGGAAGUUGUGGCGAACAUACAAGUUAUUAGCACGCAGGGCGAAGGCUAAGAUGCGCACACAGCGUGCAUCUAUGCAAAGGACUGGAGGUGGUCCUCCAGCAGAUAUCUGCUUGACAGAACUGGAGAAAAAAACAAUAAAUAUAGAGGGGACAUCAACUAUAUAUGGAUUGCCUGGAGCUGUGGAAGCUGGUAUUAUUAUUGUCCCAGGGACUCCACAGCCCAUUGUUGAUGUUCCGGAUCCUUAUGUUAAACAAAACAUAGUCAUGGUUUUGGAUGAUACUCAACUGCCAAAGCCCAAGCAGACGUUGAUUUUAGACGCAGUAACAGUUGAUAUACAUUCAGACACUGAAGAAGAGCCCCCGAAGGAAGCGGCUAUGGUGGACGCGUUUACACCGACGGCGAGUCACGAUGGGGCGACUGUCGUCACUUCAAUGGCGACGAACGCGUCAUCAAUACCAACAGCAUCUCGCGUUGGUCAAAUUGCGGUAGACGCGUUGAUGAUGCCAGCGGCAAAUAGGGAUCUGGCGACGAUCAGUUGCAGUCGUGAACACAUCGUGGCCUCAACCCCUGAACAGAGACUGGAGGACGGCGUGGGGCGCAACACUCCGCGCCUUGAGCGCCACAACGCGCGUCGAGCAACGCCCCGUACGCUCGUGCCGCCAGCCGAUUCAGCCACCCCACAAGAAGAUGCCAUGAUAGUGGCUUUAAGGGAGGGAGCCCAAGCACAGAUGGCGCUCGCCAAUGCGCAGACAGAGGCCGCUCGGUAUCUUGGCGAUUGCAUAAUGCGUGCCGCUACCAUGUUCGUCGAAGCGAUCAAUAAAAAUAAAUAA